ACCAUGAGCCGCAAAGUGGUGAGGUCCAGUAAAUUCCGCCACGUCUACGGCCAGCCAGUCAAGGCCGACCAGUGUUACGAUGACAUUCGUGUCUCCCAGAUGACCUGGGAUGGGAAUUUUUGCUCGGUCAACCCCAAGUUCCUGGCCAUCGUCGUCGAAUCCAGCGGGGGAGGGGCCUUCUUGGUCUUGCCACUGUCCAAGACCGGCCGCCUGGAAAAGUCCUACCCCGUGGUCUCGGGGCACACGGCCCCUGUGCUGGACGUGGAGUGGUGCCCCCACAACGACCACGUCAUUGCCAGUGGAUCGGAGGACUGCAGCGUUAUGGUCUGGGCAGUGCCCGAAGCCGGUCUCGUGCGGCCCUUGAACGAACCUUUGGUGACCCUCGAAGGCCACUCCAAGCGGGUGGGGAUUGUCGCCUGGCACCCGACGGCGCAGAAUCUCCUGCUCAGCGCAGGUUGUGAUAACGCAGUGACUGUCUGGGACGUGGGAGUCGGGCAAGCGGCCGUCUCACUGGAUGACCUGCACCCGGAUGCCAUCUACAGCACGGUUUGGAACCGGGAUGGAUCUCUGCUCUGCACGGCCUGCCGGGACAAGCGUGUCCGGCUGUUCGACCCACGGGCAGGGGGCACAGUUGCCAUUGAACUGCCUCGUCCCCACGAGGGGUCACGUCCUGUCCGGGCCGUCGCGGUGAAUGACGGGAAACUGCUGACCACUGGCUUCAGCCGUAUGAGCGAGCGACAGGUGGCUCUAUGGGACCCGAGGAAUCCUGAGGAGCCGUUGACCCUCCAGGAGUUAGACACGAGUAGCGGGGUUCUGCUGCCUUACUAUGAUCCAGACACCAACGUGGUUUACCUGACUGGCAAGGGCGACAGCAGCAUUCGCUAUUUUGAGCUCACAGGAGAAGCUCCUUUUGUGCACUAUCUAUCUAUGUUCAGUUCCAAGGAGUCACAACGAGGCGGGGGUUGGAUGCCCAAACGCGGCCUGGAUGUCAGCAAGUGUGAGAUUGCCAGGUUUUACAAGCUCCACGAAAGGAAAUGUGAACCCAUUGCUAUGACCGUGCCUCGGAAAUCAGACCUGUUCCAAGAGGACCUGUACCCUGACACAGUAGGCCCGGACUCGGCCCUGACGGCGGAAGAAUGGCUUUCGGGAAAGAACGCCGACCCCAUCCUCCUAUCGCUCAAGGAUGGCUAUACUCCCCAGAAGACCAGAGAGUUCAAGGUCAACAAGAACCUCCUGGAAGGGCCAAAGAGAAGCCAAGUAUCCCAGGAAAGGGCACAACAGAGGGGUUCCGCUUUAGAGCAGCUCUCCGAGGAUCUGAAGCGGCUGCAAGCAACUGUCUCCGAACAGGAACGGCGCCUCUCAGAACUGGAGCAUCUCGUGAAGAAAUAGGAAAUCCUG